AUGCCGGCUUUUGUUAUUGGUGCGGCGAUGGGUCGUUUUUUCGGUGAGCUGAUGGCUCUCGGUUAUCCAAAUGGUUUCCGCAAUGAUCAGCAGCUGCUUGUUCUUCCCGGUGCGGUUUCAUUCUGUGGCGCAGUAACACACACCGUUUCGGUCGCUGUAAUUGCUUUUGAAUUAACUGGCCAGCUGUUACACAUUCUUCCUGUAAUGGUAAAAAAUUCGAAUAUUUUCUAA